AUGAGUGUUGAUGUUGACUCCGCUAGUGGGGGUUCUACGAAUGGAACAAAAGCCAAGGGUAAAGGCUCCUCACAUGAGUACCAAAAGCUCUCUCAGCUGGAGCACGUCUUGAAGCGUCCCGAUACUUAUAUCGGCUCUGUAGAGUUCCACGAGUCGAAUAUGUGGGUAUGCAACGAAAACAACGAAGUUGAGUACAAAUCAGUCAACAUUGUGCCUGGGUUUUACAAAGUUUUUGAUGAAAUUCUCGUGAAUGCGGCCGAUAACAAGGUGCGUGAUCCCUCAAUGACAUCAAUCCAGGUAAUCAUUGAUACAGAGAACAAUCAGAUUUCUGUACGUAACGACGGCAAAGGAAUCCCGAUUGAAAUCCAUGAGAAGGAAAAAAUUUACAUUCCAGAACUGAUUUUUGGCAACCUGUUGACGUCUUCAAACUACGACGACUCAGAACAGAAAGUCACUGGUGGCCGUAAUGGUUUCGGUGCUAAGCUCUGUAACAUUUUUUCUACAAAGUUUACUCUCGAAACAUGCGAUACCCAUAACACCUAUCACCAGGACUGGAGCGAUAACAUGACCAAGGUCGACAAACCUAAGAUUAAGGCCGUCAACAAUAAAAAACCGUAUACCAUGAUCACCUUCAAGCCUGAUCUUGCUCGAUUUGGAAUGGAAAAAAUUGACAACGACCACUUGAUGGUUCUACGCCGUCGUAUCUUUGAUUUGGCAGGUACCAUUCAAGGUGUAAAUGUAAAGCUCAAUGGUGCCACUGUUCCCGUGAAUAACUUCAAAAACUACAUGAAUCUUUAUGCAAAGGCAUUGUCCAAAGAUGACGAGAAGGUUGAUGUUUUAAUCUCCAAACCGAAUGACCGCUGGGAGGUUGGCUUCGCUCUGUCUGACGGAAGUUUCAACCAAAUGUCAUUCGUAAAUUCGAUUGCUACAACUUCUGGUGGUACACAUGUGAGCCAUGUCACUGAGCAGAUUGUGAACUAUGCUCUAGAUGUUAUGACCAAGAAGAAUAAGGGCCGCGCUGGUAAGCUCACCAAAUUGCACAUUAGAAGCAAUAUCUUUUUGUUUAUCAACUGCAAAAUCAACAAUCCGUCCUUUACAUCUCAAACCAAGGAGCAGUUGACAACCAAGGUUUCUGCUUUUGGCAGCAAAUGCGAGCUCCCCGACAAAUUCCUCAAGGAUAUUAUGAACAAGACCGGUCUUACGGAUAGAUUGCUCGAGAUCACCGAGAGAGCAUCAAACGCGGCGCUCAAGAAGCAAGAUGGUGGACGUAAACGCCGUCUUACGGAGUUUGUCAAACUGGAAGACGCAAAUAUGGCAGGUACAAAAGACUCGUCUAAAUGCACUUUGAUCCUGACCGAGGGUGAUUCCGCUUUGACGCUAGCAGUUGCUGGAUUAGCAGUUAUCGGUCGUGAUUAUUAUGGGUGCUUCCCUCUGCGUGGUAAGAUUCUAAACGUCCGUGAUGCUUCCCAAGAGCAGAUUCUAAACAACAAAGAAAUUGCAGCACUAAAGAAAAUUAUUGGGUUGCAGCACAAGAAGACUUAUACAUCAACUGAGGGUCUGCGCUAUGGGCAUAUUAUGAUCAUGACCGAUCAGGAUCAUGAUGGUAGCCACAUCAAAGGUCUUAUCAUCAACUUUUUGGAGUCUCUAUUCCCAGGCCUUCUCGAUAUCCCUGGAUUUUUGUUAGAGUUUAUCACACCCAUUGUCAAAGUAACAAUUCUUCGCAAUGGUCGAGCAGUAAAGGUCAUUCCUUUUUACAACAUGCCUGAAUUCGAGGAAUGGCGUGAGACUGAGGGCCGCACUUGUCGCUGGAAACACAAGUACUAUAAGGGUCUCGGUACUUCGACCCCCGAAACUGAAGGCCGAGAGUACUUUUCGGAACUUGCACGCCAUGAAAAAACGUUCCUAAAUCUUCAGGAGGGAGACAAAGAACGUAUUGAGCUCGCAUUUUCAAAAUCCCGCGCCGAUGAUCGCAAACAGUGGCUACAGGAGUACGUUCCUGGCACAUACCUGGACUCGAAUAUCAAUGAAAUUGGUAUCAAAGACUUCAUCGAUAAAGAGCUGAUUUUGUUCUCAAUGGCCGACAACUUGCGAUCGAUCCCAUCUGUUAUGGAUGGAUUGAAACCGGCUCAGAGGAAAGUGGUAUAUUCGUGCGCACAGAGACGAAACACUGAAAUCAAGGUUGCGUCCCUUGCCGGCCACAUUACUGAAAAAAUGGGCUAUCAUCAUGGUGAGCAAUCUCUGCAGCAAACAAUUAUUGGUUUAGCGCAGAGCUUUGUUGGUACCAACAACAUCUAUUAUUUGCUUCCUCAGGGUGGUUUUGGUUCUCGUGCUACAGGCGGUAAAGAUGCUUCUGCAGCUCGUUACAUCAGUACCUUAUUGAAUCCAUUGGCUCGUACUCUCUUUAAUUCCAACGACGACCCACUGCUCAAUUACAUGCAAGACGACGAGAGCACAGUUGAACCUGAGCAUUUCGUGCCAAUCCUGCCCACAUUGCUUGUGAAUGGCACUGAGGGUAUUGGCACUGGAUGGUCCACCAACAUUCCCAGUUUCAACCCAGUCGAUCUCGUCGAAAACAUCCGGCGAAUGAUGAACGGUGAGGCGCUGAAGCCGUUAGUACCCUGGUACCGUGGCUGGUCAGGAACUAUUGAAAAAGUUCCAGGAUCUGAUCAUCAGUUCCGUGUUUGUGGUCGAAUCGAGGUCAUUAACGAAACAACUUUAGCUAUCACUGAGCUUCCUGUCAGGAUGUGGACGCAAACCAUGAAGGAGUUCCUUCUGAAAUCACUUAUCGGUAGCUCAAAAGGUGACAAGAAGCUGGCUAGUGGUGAGUUCUUGGAUGACAUGACCGAAGAGCAUGGUGCUGGUAUUCGUUUCAUUGUUAAAUUGAGCAAGGAAGAGAUGGAGAAAGCCUGCAAGGUUGGCCUUUAUAACAAGUUCAAGUUGAUCGCGCCAAUGUCUACUUCGAACAUGGUUGCCUUUGACCCUCAGGGCCGUCUGCGACGCUACAGUACGGCUGAAGAUAUCCUCAGGGAAUUUUACUAUGUACGCUUGGAUUACUAUGUCCGUCGCAAGGACAAUAUGAGCCAACAGCUACGUAACCACCUUGAGAGAUUGACUUCCCGAGCCAGAUUUAUCAAGAUGAUUAUCGAUAACGAACUGGUCAUCUCCAACCGUCCGAAGCGCGAUGUUAUUGAGGAUCUUCAAACUUUGCGCUUCCCCAAAUUCGGAACAGGUGGCGUUCCUGUUUGGCCUGAUGAGCAGAUGCAACUUGAUGCAGAGGAGCUGAUGGAGCCAGAGGAUACUAUUGAGACCACCACUGCUGGUGAGGAAGUACCUGUUGUCUCAAAAACUAAACCUAGCUACGACUAUCUUCUUGAGAUGCGUAUCAUGUCGUUGACUCGCGAAAUGUACCAGCGCCUCCUACGGCAGCGGGAUGAGACUGAAGAGGAACUAAACAUUCUUCUUGCAAAAUCUGCGAAAGACCUGUGGAAUGCCGACCUUGAUAAAUUCAUGGAACAAUGGGACGAGUUCGAGAAGAAGGACCGUGAAGACCGCGAGACUCUUGUUAGAAUUGGAGGCGGGAAAAAGCGUGCCGCCAAGCGAAAGGGAAAGAAUAGCGAUGAUAGCGAUGACGAAUUUGGUGCCCCUAAAAAGCGUACUAAGAAGGCUAAGAAGACAGCGACCCCUCAGUAUAUUUCUACGGAAAUUGUCGAGCUGCCACCCAUCGAAACAUUUGCGACACGCUCUAGCGUGAAGUCUGAACCUCGCGCUAAAUCUGCUACACCAGCGGCAUCUACGCUUGCUUCGACUGCUGCUUCAACCGUCGCGACCGAAGCUUCCACACCUGCGGAAACACCGGUUCCGCCUACUACAGCAGCGUAUCCAAAGCCCAAAGCCAAAGCUGCUCCACGUAAGAAAUCGCCUCCCAAAAAACUCGAGGUAAAAGAGGAGUCUGGUGCUGAGUCUGAUUCCGAUGUUUCUAUGGCUGAUGUGACCCCUGUUGAGAGAAGCCCGCGUGCCUCUCGUAGAGCAGCACCUGUUCGCAUCCAGAUUAGUGACGACGAAGAUGAGCCUAAUGUUUCAGCGUUCGUUCUUUCAGAAGAUAGCGAUUAA